AAGCAAAAGUCAAAUAGAGAAUAAUAAUAAUAGUGGCUGAAAAUGAUUGGUACAAAUGUACAGACAGAACACCUACAAAAACCGUCAUUCCUUGGAACUGCAAGAGUUCUCUGCAGGUUUCUUGAAGCAGGAUCAGUAAACAAAUGUCACCUUAGUCUGUGGACACAUUACAUCAUACCCAGCAAAAUAAGCUGAGAGUUUUCAUCAAAUACUAAUAAAUACAUACACACAUAUGUGUGUAUGUAUAUCAGCAAAUAUGUGCAUGUCUACUAAACUUAUUAAUUCACAUGCACCCAUACUACUCAGUUAAUACCUUUUUUUCAUUCCCAAUGAGUCACGUAGCAUUUGGUGCUCAUCACCAGAUUCUAUAACAUUUAAAAGAUGCUAGAUAAAUCUCCUGGAUAAGAAGCAGCUGAUUCAACGGUAGCUUUUUCAUAUGAGGAACUGAAACUUAGUACUGCAACUUAACAAAUCAUUUAUCAAACCUGUGAAUUGUUCUUACCCUGAGCUACCUAAUUAAAAUCAAAUUAACUGAGAAUUAAAUUUCAAGGUCACAUACAUUACCCUUAGCCAAGGACAUGAUAUGAACCAUGAUAUGAAUCAGAUGGUUACUUGUUAUUCUAUCCGCCUGGCUGUUUAUUUUACUUCUUACAUUAUCUCUUACUCUCUAUUUACAGACUUCUAAAAUUCAAUUCAUAUUUAUACAUCCAUUUGUCUGUCCUCUUAAUUACCACCUCACUUGUCUCUGAUUACACAUAGAUACAAAAGUACAAGAUAGAAAAAUAGUAUUAAAUUAUUCAGUUAUAAUAUCCUUACAUUUGUUUCAGUGGCAGUUACACAAUGAUUACAUAAGAUUAACCAUCUGCAGAUACCACCUCUUCAGUAGUUUUACAAAAAAACUUACCAAGCAUCUGUUCCUGAGUAUAAUGGAACCUAUGGAGUUCUGUCACAAUAGUUAAAAGUCACACAUUUUAAAACUUACUCUAUAAACACACAUAUAUAUCCAUAACAUAUAUACGGAAAAAAAAAAAAUUAACAAAAUAAGAAAACAAAAAAGAGGAAAAUGAAAAUCAUUUUGUUCCUAUUUUAUGGAGAUUUAACAUGUUUUAGUUGCAAUAAUUAUUGAUUUUAAUCAUUUAUAAAAUGCGUUUUGUGAAUUCUUCAAAUAACUUAUCGGUUCCCCAUCGAAAUGAUUAUCCUGCAAGAACCACCCACUACCCCUCAUCUCCAGAGAGCCACUGGAAUAAUGAUAACAGCAGUAGCAGUAACAUCACCUCACUUGACUUCUACUGGGAACACAGAUUUGCUGUUAUUAUCAAUCUUUAUAUGCCACCUAUUUUGAUCGUUCUCGGGAGUAUCUGUAACUGUCUGGUUGUCAAAGUAAUGGUUGGGCGUUGGUUCUCAUCUGUUUCAACAUCGGUCUACCUGAUAGCUGGGACAAUAGCUGACACAGCAAGCCUGUUAAUAGUAUUGCCAGCUCAUUGGUUUUAUGUGAAUUUUCCUGCUUCAAUUCACAGGUCUGAAGAUUCUCAUUUCAUGUGUAAGUUCUUCAAUUUUUUUGGAUGGGGUGGCAGUGACUAUGCUAUUAUUCUCACUGUUGCUAUGACAGUCGAUAAGGCAAUUGCUAUUCUAUUUCCGAUGAAAGCCCAAACAUUAUGUACAACAAAACGUGCAAAAAGAGUUAUAUUCAUGCUUGUUUGGAUUAUCAUUCUCAAAGAGAGCCACUUCUUGUUCACCUCGAACAUUGUUCCACUGGGUCGCACAGAACAGCUGUGUACUGUUGACAUUCCAAACGAGACCUACCGUAUCUUCUACGAGAAACUGUGGCCCACCAUUCACAAUUUUUUCCUUUUCCUAUCCUUCACUAUUAUCAUCAUCAGCAACAUCAUUAUCAUCAGUAAGAUCAAAAAGUCACGGGAUUUCAAAAAGUUCUCCGACUCAAUGCGAAUAUCUCAAUCUGCGGAUCGAACCAAGGGCCCACAAAUCACUAUCAUGUUGCUUAUAGAAUCCUUCACCCUUGUCAUACUCACACUACCAUUUUCUUUAUAUGUCACCGUUCUUAACACAGAACUAAAGCAGCACGACCUUCACAUGAAAUCCAUCCACCAGCUUGUCUUUGCCAUUGUUUUCUAUCUCCUCUACGUUAACAGGUGCCUCAACUUCUGCAUGUACUGUUUGACUGGUUCCCGUUUCAGAGGUGCGUUUCUUGAAGCAAUCGGGUGUCGAAAGCUGGCCAAGAAACACUCAACAAGAAUUAAAUUAACUGCCACUCCAGCCUCCUCAUGUGAACCAAUAGUGAGCGUAGUCUCCAAGUCAUCUCUCUACUAACACAACAGAGAACACAUUUGUUUUUUUUGUGUUUAUUGUUUGUGUUGGUUUGGGUUAAGACUCUGGACUACUGAUUUUAUAGUCGCAAGUUCAAAUCUUACCAGUUACUACUACUAACUGAAUGUGUAAUCCCAGACUGAAAUGUUUAAAAGACGGACAGGAUGAUCAUGACUGGCAUGUUCUUGAUCAUAAAUAAACAACAGCAAGAGCAACCAUGACUUGUAAGUGGACAUCCAUUAUGCUAGAAGAUCCGCUAUGGUCAUACCACUAAGAAAGGAAUGUUCUCAAGUAAAUUUAGCAAACACCGGAACAGGCCUUCGGGCUAAAACAUUUUUAAGGAUUUAAGAAUUUAUAUAUAUAUAUAUAUAUAUAUAUAUAUAUAUAUACAUACACACACACAUAUCUCAUAUAUAUACACACACACAUCUCAUUUCGUCUGACUGCAACGGAUUAAUAUAGAGCUCCAUGAAGAGUAUAAUCAUCCAGAUACACACAUUCCUGCCAGUAGUUCUUAACUUGGAUGGUAGCAAAUGUCAAGGGCUACUAUAAGGGACAGACAUUAA